UUUUCUCAGAAAGAUUAGACAUGGGUGGUUUAUCCGGGUACAAAAACAUGGGGUAGGAAGAUUUGUGCAGAGGGUACUAGAUGAAAGGGUACCGUUAGUGUUUUUCUGGGUACCUAAAGGAGCACCCUUCUUACAAAUAUAACAAGCCCUUUCCAAAUUUCGAUUAGUGCGGUUUUGCCCUCUUAAUACUAACGGCUACUAUUCACCGACCAAAUCGUCGUCAAAAUAUAUGACCUCUCCAGCACAGAACCAACUCUACUUUCCAUGUCCCCUCCCGCUUCCCCUCCCUGAACGAAACUCUAAGAUCUAAUUUCACCGCACUCUGGAACGAAGCUCUCAGAUCUAGAUUUCUCAUUUGGUUCCUACAUAAUUUGUUUAAUUAUAGUCUCUUUAGAGUUUGAUUGUUAUUUUUUUUUCUUGGUUGAUCUAUUCUUCUUCAAUUUUGCAGGAGUUGUUUCUUUCUCUGUUUUUGUUUUUAUGGAUGCAGGAGGAUCUUUCGGUGUGUUGUACAAGUCUAGAUCAAGAAAUCCAGUGCAAGAACAUGUCCUCCGCAGAAAAACCUCUAAAGAUAAUUGUGAUCGGUUUAUCCCGAACAGAUCUGCAAUGGAUUUCGAUUAUGCACAUUACAUGUUAAUGGAAGCAAGGAAAGGUAAGGAAAAUCCAGUUGCGAGUUCCCCGGCGAAAGAGGCUUUCAGGAAGCAACUUGCACAGGCUUUGAACUUAAACAGAAGCAGAAUUCUAGCUUUCAAGAACAAGCCACCUACACCUGCGCAGUCGCUGUUCCCUGAAACUUCAUCACUUCAACAAGCGAAACCAGCAAAGCCCCGAAGAUCCAUUCCCCAAACUUCGGAUAGGACAUUGGACGCUCCAGAGAUCAUUGACGAUUACUACUUGAAUUUGCUGGAUUGGGGUAGCAGAAAUGUCCUUGCCAUAGCUCUCGGAAACACCGUGUACUUGUGGGAUGCAACCGAUUCAUCCAGUUCUGAACUCAUGACCGUCGAUGAAGAUACAGGCCCUAUUACCAGUGUGAGUUGGGCACCUGAUGGUCGUCACAUUGCUGUUGGAUUGAACAACUCCGAAGUUCAACUAUGGGAUUCUAUAUCUAACAAACAACUGAGAACACUACGAGGUGGUCAUGAAUCUCGAGUUGGUGCUAUGGAUUGGAGCAACCACGUCCUAUCCACAGGAGGAUUGGACAGUUUGAUUAUCAAUAAUGAUGUCAGAAUCAGAAACCACAUUGUAGAAACAUAUAGAGGACAUCAUCUAGAAGUGUGUGGGUUGAAAUGGUCUUCAUCAGGACAACAACUAGCAAGUGGAGGGAAUGACAACCUUCUUCAUAUUUGGGAUAGAUCAGUUGCUUCAUCAAACUCUCCAACUCAAUGGCUUCACAGACUCGAAGACCACACUGCUGCUGUAAAAGCCCUUGCUUGGUGUCCGUUCCAGGCUAAUUUACUUGCUUCUGGUGGUGGCGGAGGUGAUAGAUGUAUUAAAUUUUGGAACGCCCAUACUGGAGCUUGCUUAAAUUCUGUUGAUACUGGAUCACAAGUUUGUUCUUUGCUGUGGAACAAAAACGAGAGAGAACUUUUGAGCUCUCAUGGAUUCACUCAAAACCAGUUGACCCUUUGGAAGUAUCCAUCAAUGGUUAAGAUUGCUGAGCUUACUGGUCACACUUCAAGGGUUCUAUACAUGGCUCAGAGUCCGGAUGGAUGUACUGUUGCAUCUGCAGCAGGGGAUGAAACUCUGAGAUUUUGGAAUGUAUUUGGUACACCUGAAUUGGCUAAACCUGCACCUAAAGCAAACCCAGAGCCGUUUGCUCAUUUUAAUCGCAUCCGCUGAGUAAAUGUUGCAAGAUAAAGAAAGCCUUUGAUCCGUAUUCUGAGCUUCAGUAUCGGGGGGUUUCCUUGGUUCUGAAGGUCUUGAGAGUUGAAAUACCUGUACAGUGUUUAUAUUAGAUUUUGGUGCAGCAAAUGCAUUUAUUUAGUAAUGCAAGCAUUUCGUGUAGUAACUCAGGAUGCCAUAAUGAAUUAUCCACAUGCUGCAGCAAGGAAAAGAACAACAAUUGGGACCAAAUAUAUUACUCAAGCUCAAGUGUUGGUGGGUGUAACAAGAGUUCAUUUGCCAAGGUGUUUGCAGGUUUUUGGCUUGGAUAUCGAGAGGAAGGACAAAAAUGGGAGGAAAGGAAUCAAGAACCUCAUGUAUUUCAAAUUUUUUACCUACAAAGCUAUAGUUUUUAGUUUGUGAUGAGUCUGGAAAAUUAUGUUGAUCUCAAAAAUCUGAAGGGUUUUUUUAUGAACAAAUGAGCAAUAAAAAUUGAAAACCUUGCCUUGACAGAUUUACCAU